UUUCGAGUGGUUAUUAGUACGUAAAUCGUGUGGCUAGUGAUUUAAAUGAAAUAUAAGAUGAUGGAGAAACCAUGACGCAUCCAAAUCAUCAAACAAACGGCGCAAGUUUGGAAGACUGCCAUACAAAUUUCUUCGCUCUGACCGAUCUUUGUGGUAUCAAAUGGCGUAAGUUGGUGUGCGGCGACUGCAGUUUCUCGUCGGAGCCUCUGGAUGAUCCCGUGUUGACGAGUUUCUCGCGCUGCCUCGCCGGGGACAUUCUGUGCGUGUGGCGUCGAGUUGCCGUCCAACAGCCAGCCUCCGCCUCUGGCCCGCACUCCGCGAAUCAAGGUGCCGGGGGUCUGUUCGACCCCAUCGGUCUGCCUCCGGGACUCGGCGGUGCCGGAGGCCAGAACCAGCAGCCGCCAUUGUCGCUUCACGCUGCCAAGGAGCUGUGGAUCUUCUGGUACGGCGAGGAGCCCGACCUGUCCGGUCUCGUUUCUCCGGAACUUAUCGCUGCCGAUGGCGAGCAAGGAUCGUGGGAAAGUGGCUUAUCAUACGAAUGCAGGUCUCUUCUCUUCAAGGCUUUGCAUAAUCUCAUCGAAAGGUGUUUGCUGUCUCGUGAUUUCGUUCGAAUUGGCAAGUGGUUUGUUCAGCCAUAUGAUGGAUCAGAGAAGCUUAUCAGCAAGAGCACCCAUUUCUCAUUCUCAUUUGCAUUCUUCGUGCAUGGGGAGAGCACAGUGUGCGCAAGCAUGGACGUUCGAAUGCAUCCUUUGGUACGGAACCUGACACAUCAGCAUCUUCUCCAAGCCCAAACUUCCUCCUCAGGCAUACCAGUGAUAUUGGCACCUUUUGGAUUAGCGGGAACUCUCACGGGUCAGGCCUACAAGACAAUGGAUGUCCAAACAAAGCGUCAGUUGGAUGAAUGGCGCCACUUUUAUCCCAUCGACACCAAGUUCUCAAGCUGUGAAGCCGGGAGUGAAGAAGUUCUUCUGCCUCUUGCUGUUGAAGUUGUGGUGGGAGGCGUGAAAAUGCGCUACCCCACGUGUUACGUGCUGGUUACGGACAUGGAUGAUCCGGCGGCGUCUCCGUCAUCAGCCGUUCGCCAGGGCGCUGUAUCUCCAACAGGCACGGCAGUGGCCGUAAUGAAGACCGUCGGACUUCCGCCAUCAUCCGCUGCCGUCGUGACACCUCCGUGUUCACCCUGUCCACAGUCCAUUACCGCGCGUAGCCGGCCGCCUUGUCCGUCUUCACCCUUUCCUGCAGCAGCAAGUGGUCAUCAUCCAGCUUCAAUGCAACAUAGUCCUACUCCAGCAACCAGGCUGCCAGAACAUGUUUGGCAGGACAGUACCCUGAAUCCUACCCAACAUGACAGUACAGAACAGAAUGGCGUCGGUAGUGACGGUAUUCCCAGUCAACUGCCACAAGCAGGACAGUGGGAUUUCACACGAAAAUCCACAUGCAGCUGCUCAAAGUAUAAGAAAGGUGCAGGUGCAAAACAUAUGGCUCAGAACAAGGGAGGAGUUAAUAGUAUCGGGGGUGUGAAAACUGUGAAGGGUGAGAAAAACGAGAAGGGUACCCGUGGGUCCGGGCGAGGGGGCACGAUGCCAUUCCACCGGCGUUCGCCCCUAGCCGAGGAAGGGGCUUGGACUGUCGAGGUGGCAGGGCCGCUCUCGAGGUUCGUAUGGCUCGUGUGUCACGUGAAAUAA